AUGGAAACCAAUAUGGCGUUACCUCCACAGCAGUUUUGCGUGAGGUGGAACUCCUAUCAUACUAAUUUACAGUCAGUAUUCCCUCGUCUUCUCCUUACGGAGCAGUUCGCCGAUGUGACGUUGGCCUGUGAGUCCCGGCAGUUGAGAUGUCACAAGUUGGUCCUCUCCGCCUGUUCGGCCUAUUUAGAGAGAUUGCUGCUUCAGAAUCCUUGCAAGCAUCCCAUCGUGCUUAUGAGGGAUAUGAGGUUCAGUGAAAUGCAAGCGCUAGUGGAUUUCAUGUAUAAAGGAGAAGUUAACGUAACUCAGGAGGAACUCCCCAGUCUACUAAAGUCCGCUGAAGCGCUGCAGAUCAGAGGCCUUUGUUCGAGUGAUCCCGGUUCGCUCUCAGAAGUUAAGACUGAGAACAAGGACUAUUCGGUGGCGAGUGAGGCCUUGGUUGCGCACGCGCAGCGAGACAAUACUAACGGCCAACAACAGCAAAAGAUAACAACGAACGGACAGAAGAAGCGUAAAUCAGAAGAGAGGGAGAGGGGUUCCGAAGUGAAAGAGGAGACGGUAGAAGAAGAUGGACUUUACUACGGCGAGUUGGACCAGGAGCAUAUGGAGUAUCAGGAGGAAGAGGAAACUAGCAAACCCGGAAGUAGCUUAGGACAAACUUCGGCUCGUAAGCCCUACUUACGCGUGAAGCCCGAGAGUGAAUUGUUUUUUCAAACGAAGUUACAAAACUUAGCCAACUCUCAAUACAUAAGUAAACUAUCAAAAAUGACCCCGACGGAAAUCCAAAACGAAUUUUCUAAAUAUGGCAUCACCAACGUGAGUGACGAUUUCGUCCAGAAAACCUUAGAAAACGACUACUACAAGUCCUGGUUGGAACAAAACGGCGAAUUAGAAGUGUCUCUAUUGAAAGCUAACCAAAUAAAAAAGAAAAACGAGGCGAAAAACCAAAAAUCUGAGGUCGAACUUAUUCCCCGACCGAAGGACGCCGCUAAAGAAGUUUACCCAAAGAUUGGGGAAAAGUCCAUCAGGCGUCGCGGCCGUCCACCGAUUUUUAAGGACAAAAACGUUGACAUCGGCGACACAGUGUUGAAAGCGGAUUUGGAUCAAUUUCUGGAGGGAAAAGAAGUUAGUUCCUCGGGGCUUUCGAGGAAAGACUUGGAAAGGGUUAUGAUGGGGAAGUUCAAUCCUAACAGACGCUAUUCUAACGAAGCUAUGUGGGCGGCUCUCAUGGAUGUCAAGAAGGGAGGGAGUAUUUACAGAGCUGCUCAAACACACAAAGUGCCGAGAAAAUCGCUUCGUAAUUGGAUGAAGAGAUGCCACAUUAAGUCUUCGUUCCCGAUGCCGCAACAGCUUAAACAGUUCGUGGAGAACAGUAAGAAACAACGCGAAUUCAAAACUGACAAUAUCGAACCACAAAUCCUGGAACACGAAGAGGCCAAUUACGAUCCCGAAAUGGAUUUCGGAAAGCAUUUUUUGUCGUUUACAACGCAUAUGUCGAGCGAGGACGAGAACGCUAGAACGCUCGAGGAUUCUACCAAAAAUGAGGGCAACUCUGCUCUUAAUAUGUCAAUGCAUGAAUAA